CAGUGUCUUGGUGUUGAAGUAUGUCGUUUAGUUAGGGAGAGAGGUAUGGUAGAAGCUUUGUGUUUACCUGUUGAUGCAGUUACUGGUCAAGCUGCUGGUCAAAGUCAUGGAAUCCAUCACACGACAGGUUGUGGAUUAACAAUGGAUGUAGGUAUACCAUGUGGAGGACCUUCGACUACUGCGUACUAUUUUGAUGUAAUGACCCAAAUGUGUGAUAGUUUUGUUUAUAAUGGUUGUGGUGGAAAUAGUAAUAAAUUUAAAACACUACACGAAUGUGAAGAAACAUGUUCACAGCAGCAUAUAACACCUGGUAUUAUAGAUCAUCAUAAUGCUCCUACAAUUUCUCAUGGUACUGGUGUAGUUGAUCAUAUAGAACCAAUAGGAACAACAAAUACAGGUCCAUUACCACAACCUGAACCACCUGCUAUAAUCACCGGCGGUCCCUCUCCAGGAGUACCAGCAGAAAGUGAUCCACAAUGUAUAGAAAUGUGUCAGACCAACAUAGCACCUGAAAAAUGUCACUGUGCUGAACAUUUAUGUGAUAUCCAACAGUGUCAUGGUGUUGAAGUAUGUCGUUUAGUUAGGGAGAGAGGUAUGGUGGAAGCUUUAUGUUUACCUGUUGAUGCAGUUACUGGUCAAGCUGCUGGUCAAAGUCAUGGAAUCCAUCACACGACAGGAUGUGGAUUAGCAAUGGAUGAAGGUAUACCAUGUGGAGGACCUUCGACUACUGCGUACUAUUUUGAUGUUAUGACACAUAUGUGUGAUAGCUUUGUUUAUAAUGGUUGUGGUGGAAAUAGUAAUAAUUUUAAAACACUACACGAAUGUGAAGAAACUUGUUCACAGCAGCAUAUAACACCUGGUAUUAUAGAUCAUCAUAAUGCUCCUACAGUAUCUCAUGGUACUGGUGUAGUUGAUCAUAUAGAACCAAUCUCGGUUGGUGUUGUAAUGUCGCCCCCACCACUACCAGUGACCAACAAUGAUCCAUCAGAUUGUACUUUAUUGUGCACGAAAUCUCUCGUCCCAGAAAGAUGCCAAUGUAGUGAUUACUUAUGUGAACAUAAGACAUGUGAAGGUAAUACUGUUUGUAAGUUGAUGAGAUCAGGAGGGUUCGCUGAAGCUAUGUGUGUCCCUCCUACCACAGUUUCCGGCCCAAAUAGCGGUCGUCCAAGCAAUGGUCGACAACGACAACGACGUCGAGAGGGCCCCAGGUACUAUUUUGAUGCUGAAACUCAGAGCUGUACAUCAUUUAGUUUCAGUGGUUGUGGUGGGAAUGCUAACCGUUUUAUGACCCGAAGAAGAUGCGAGACAUUUUGUUUAGAAACAAGGAUAACUGAUGGUGCAGUUCUACGCCAUAACGCUCCCCGGUCUGGACUCGCUGAAACAUCAGGAACAUAUGCCAUUAAUAAAGGAUACAGACGUGGUCCUAGACGAACGAAGAUUUUUGGUUCUGAUGGCCACGGUCACACGACAUCUAUUACCCCAGGGCCCAGCAUAUUUCAGUUACCGGUAGCUCGCACAGGCCAAGGUAGUACCAGUUUACAGGGUUUGUUCCAGCCCUUGAUCCGUAACUUGUUUGGUAGGCAAAGGUAUCGACGCAGAAGGCGACCAAGUUAUAGGCGCACCACUAACACUGGUACAAACGAGAAAAACCUUUCAAUAAUUUUGUUUCCCUUGACGAUUUUAAUAUAUCUGGUCCGUUUGGUUUUCAGGAAUGAGUGUAUCUAG